AUGGUAAUUCUUUCUACGGGAAGCGGUGUAGACGGUUUCACUCUUGAUCCUGGUAGAGCAUUGGGGAAUUCAUACUCACACAUUCUAAGAUACACCUUCCUAACAAAGGAAAGAUCUACAGCAUCAAGUGAGGGACACGCAAAGUACUGGUCGGAGAGACUUGCUCUCUAUAUCCAUGACAGGAAGUUCCCACCGGUAAGCAGAUUUUUGUUAGGAAAUCCUGGUUCUAAUAGGUUACCUUGUCGUUUGUUAAGGAAUCCUAUUAUAUCCUGUUGUAUCCUGUUGUUUCCUGUUGUAACUCGUUACCUUGUGUUCUUUUCGGUUGUUGCGCGUUUAGACGUGUUCGGCCACGGUGACGGCUAA